AUGUUCAAGAUCCUGCUUAUCUGUGCCCUCGCCGCCCUGGUGGUCGCCUAUGAGGAUCCCGCGGUCAAGGAGCUGGUCAACGAUGUGAAUGAGCAUGGUUUUGUGAGCAAAUUGGCUCUGGACAAUGGCGUGGUCUCCUCGGCCACCGGCGAUGUGCACGGCAACAUCGAUGGCGCCUUUGAGUGGGUUUCCCCCGAGGGCGAGCACGUCCGUGUGACCUACAAGGCCGACGAGAACGGAUACCAGCCUCAGAGUGAUCUGCUGCCCGUUGCUCCCCCAAUCCCAGAGGCCAUUGUCCGCGCCAUCGCCUACAUCCAGGCCCAUCCCAGCAAGGAAUAA